UCUUGAGCUUUUCAUCAUACUUUUCAUCUGCCGCUCCUCUCGUUCAGAAUGUCAACACCAGUAACCUCCCUCCCGGUCGCUGUGCCAACCAUGACCCUUGGCAGAGCGUAGGUCCACGACCUUGACGUCAAGAUAGUCGAGGCAAGGAACGCAGGGUACCAAGGCUUCGAAGUCUUCUGGGAAGAUCUUGUUUAUGCUGCAAAGAAAAUAGACCCGAACUCAACGGAGAAGGAUGAAGCGACAAUGCUGCAAGCUGCAAGAUACACGAGGGAGCUCUGCGACAAAAAUGGACUGGUAGUCAUGGCUCUGCAGCCAUUCUUAAACUACGAUGGGUCAUUCGACGACACUAAACACCGAGAAAACAUAACCAAGUUAAAACUGUGGUUCAAGGUUGUUAAGAUCCUCGGAACGAAUUUAAUUCAAGUACCUUCUCAGAUGAUUUUGGAAGGAACCACUGGUGACUUUGACAAACUCGUUGCAGACAUUCGAGAAAUCGGUGAGCUGGGAUUGAACGAAGACCCGCCUGUUCGUUUUGCGUACGAGGCUCUUGCCUGGGGCGCACACCUUGAUUUGUGGCAGCAAGUAUGGGCCGUCGUUACUAAGGUUGACCUCCCUAACGUUGGUACUGUCCUGGACACCUACCAGAUCCUGGGACGAAUCUAUGGCGAUCCUACUUCUCUAACCGGAAAGCAACCCGACGCAGAAGAAUCCCUCGCAUCCUCCCUCGAAGAAAUGGCCGCUACAGCACCCGCUCUUCUGCCUAAGCUGUUCUACGUUCAGCUCUCGGACGCCGAGUUCAUGAGCCCCCCACUUUCUCCUACACACCCCUUCUACGAUCCAGCUCAGAAGCCACAGAUGAUGUGGUCGCGCAAUGCUCGAUUGUUCCCCUGCGAAUUCGAUAGGGGCGGCUACCUUCCUGUGGAUAAAGUCGCAAAAGUUUUGUUUGAGGACGUGGGGUACCGUGGGUGGGUAUCGAUGGAAGUCUUUUCUCGAACGAUGAGUGAACCCGGCAAAGAGGUGCCAACGGACCACGCGCAAAGAGGCAUGAAGAGCUGGAAGGCUCUUCUCACACAGUUAGGAUACAAUAAGAAAUGAAGCUAAGGUCGACAAUUACUAUGGAUAACGUACAAAUAUCAAUAUGGACACUCGCAAUACUACGUGCAGGACAAAACGUUCACAGCAUCGUCUGUUGCGUGACGAAUGCAAGCAGUAUGCGAUUGAGUAACGCGAGGAUUAUCCUGGAAAGAUGCAUGCUUCCGUCAACUCACCACAAAAUGUUAAUGAUGGCUUGUACGGAAGUAACAAAUUACUAUGGACGACUUAGAAAUUCUACUCUCACCUUAUCUACCCUAAGUCAUAUUCGUUACGGGCUCGACGAAUCAUCAUGAUAUCAAGAAGUAUCUUCUACCCUUUCUUGUCUUUGACGCAGUCGUCUCGACUUUCCCACAGUAUGCGGUACAUCGGUGAGUUGUUCGGGUGUUCGCUUUGGAUGGCCCUAGGAUGAUGACAGUCAUUUUGGACAACAGUGGUACAAAAUUAUAUAUAC